AUGGGCUCCUACCUCUCCAUUGUCAACAACACCGACGACCCGUGGACCUGCAAGCUCGGACCUGAUGAGGCAGCUCUCCAGAUUGCCGGCAUUGCCAUCUCUGUCGUCGGAACUCUCGCCACUGUAAUUGGCACAGCCGGUGCUGCCGCUCCUGUUGCCUCUGCUCUCGCUGCGAAUGGAGUCGUCUCAGUAUUUGGGGUAUCAACAAGCGCGUUAGCGGCAGGUGCGACUGCUGCCGCCAGCGUCACCUCUGCAGUUGCGAUCACUGGCUCGGUGUCUGGAUUCGGUAUUGCUGUAGCGCAAGGCAUCAACGACCACCUCAUCACGGAUGGAUACGUCAAUAUCGCACCUGGUGAGGAGCACAAGUGGGGCAAGAUGAGCCUGUCGCUCUGGCAGCAAGGAACUUGUGUCCGCACCACGAUCGUGGAUGAAAAGACCGUCACGACGGACACGCUAUACAUGCGUCCGAUCUUCAGUGGAGCCACGGACAACUCCAACAUUGGCCACGAGAUCCAGUUCUGGAUCGACAAGUUUGGCCUUGAGACGAGCACCGUGACGGCUACGUCGGAACAGCAGAGCAAACACCACCACCACCACCACCAUCGUCAUCACCACAAGGAAGGAGGCCACCACCACCAGAAAGAAGAAGAGCAGCAAGAUGGACAAACCGUUUACUUCUACGUCAACGGCACGAACACCUAUGACCCGCACUUUAACUAUAACUAG